GGGACGGGGGAGGGAAUGGCCAAGAUGGCGGCCGGUCUGAGGCGCUGUGUUGAGAGUCGGGGGCGUCGCGGCGCUCGGCGGCGCUGCUGAGGGGCGAGCAGCGCUCGGAGCAGCCGGCUAGCCAGCCAGCCAUGUCGGAGCCCGGGCACUUAGGGGUGAAGCGGGCCGAGUCGGCGCGCGUGAGGCGCGCGGAGCAGCUGAAGCGCUGGAAGGGCUCCCUGACGGAGCUGGAGCCGGUGACCCCCGCCCGGAGCCGGUACCGCGGAGGGGCCCGCGUCCGCUUCGAGGACGGCGCCGUCUUCCUGGCCGCCUGCUCCAGCGGGGACACGGACGAGGUGAAGCGGCUCCUCGCCCGCGGGGCCCGCCUCAACACGGCCAACGUGGACGGGCUGACGGCGCUGCACCAGGCCUGUAUAGAUGAGAACCUGGACAUGGUAAAGUUUCUGGUAGAAUAUGGAGCCAAUAUAAAUCAGCAGGAUAACGAGGGCUGGACCCCACUUCAUGCGGUUGCAUCUUGUGGCUAUCUGAACAUAGCAGAGUAUUUGAUAAGUCAUGGAGCCAAUGUAGCUGCUGUGAACAGUGAAGGUGAAGUCCCAUCUGACCUUGCAGAGGAAGCAGCCAUGAAAGAUCUGCUCUUGGAACAAGUAAAGAAACAAGGUGUGGAUCUUGAUCAGGCCAGAAAAGCAGAAGAGCAACAAAUGCUGCAAGAUGCACGGCAAUGGCUAAAUAGAGGGAAAAUUGAAGAUAGAAGGCAGCCCAAAACUGGUGCUGCUGCUCUCCAUGUAGCUGCAGCUAAGGGGUACUAUGAGGUGAUGAGACUCUUGAUCCAAGCUGGGUUUGAUGUAAAUGUUCAGGAUAAUGAUGGCUGGACACCACUUCAUGCUGCUGCACAUUGGGGAGUGAAGGAAGCUUGCUCUAUACUGGCUGAAGCACUCUGUGACAUGGACAUCAGGAACAAGCUGGGCCAGACACCAUUUGAUGUUGCAGAUGAAGGAUUGGUUGAACACUUAGAAAUGCUUCAGAAAAAACAGAAUAUGCUUCGAAGUGAAGAGACAAGAAGCAAGCUAAUUGAAGCUAAUAUAAAUGGGAAACUUCAAAGUGGACUUUUCAAAAACAAAGAAAAGAUUCUUUAUGAAUCGGAUACUUUGAAAUCCUUGAGGAGAGAAGAGGAAAACAAAGAAUCCAGUAGUUCCAGCUCUGAAGAUGAAGAAGAAGAAGCUGAGGAAGAUGAUGCAUCAGAGUCAGAUACUGAAAAAGAAUCAGAAAGAAAGGAAGACUCUGUUGCUAAUCAUUCCAAUCAUGAACCUAGAAUGCUCAUUACAGAGUCAGUACCACCACCACAGCAUAACUCUUUUACUAUGGCUCCUGCCAGAAAAUUUGCUUCAUUAUUGAACAAGUCAGAAGAGCAAAAGGAUGAAUCUCCCUCAUCAUGGAGACUAAGUCUUCGGAAAACUAGUAGCCAAAACACGCUUAGUGAAAGCAGUGCUCCUUGCGACACACUUAAGGAGAAGGGCAGCUCAAUCUAUCGCUCCUCAUCAACCCCUAGGAUUUCUGCACUAUUAGACAAUAAAGAGAAGCAGGACAAGGACAACAAAAUCUAUUUUGCUUCAAUAGCUCCACGAAGAUUGAACAGUACUGGUGACAUAGAAGAAAAGGAGAACCGGGAAUCCGCUGUUAACUUGGUACGAAGUGGUCCUUAUAGCCGGCAACAAUGGCGGGACGAGCCAAAGGGAAAGGAAUCUGCUGUAACUAGUGCACCUUCUACCUAUGUAUCCACAUACAUGAAAAGUGCUUCAUUUGGUAGAAGUAGUGACCUCACCAGUCCCUACAUUUCAGCCAAUCGUAAUGCAUCUUCUGCUACCUCACCCACUAUCCUUGGUUCAUCUACCUCAUUGGGCAAAGAGUGGCAGCUUGCCUCUUGCCCCACACCUGUCAAUUUUAACACUACAGCAUCAGUACGUCAGUAUACCAGAACACCUUACAGGCAACAAACUGACCCUACUGUAGAGAAGAGCACAGAUACAAUCUCUUCUAGCAUUCCGUUAAGUGUCAUAACAAAUCUCACUGUACCAAGUAGUGCCAAUGGUGUUACAACAACUGCCAAUUCUAACUCAUUGACUGGAACAGAGUCUUCUGCUGGUGAUGCCAGGGAUCGAAGAAGGUCAUAUUUAACUCCAGUGCGAGAUGAAGAAGCAGAAUCUCUGAGAAAGGCACGAUCCAGACAGGCUCGCCAAACUCGCAGGUCGACACAGGGUGUAACGCUUACAGAUCUUCAGGAGGCAGAGAAAACCUUCAGCCGGUCUCGGGCAGAGCGGCAAACUCAGGAACAACCAACUGAAAAGUCAGAAAGAACUGAAGCAACAGAGGAAGGGAUUGAGAAACGAGAAGAUGGUGCAGCAAAUGAACUCAGGGAGACUCGCUCACGAUGGAGUAAAAACUUGGAUGAAGAGUCUGUGGGUCAUCGAUUGAGGUGUUCAGCGCAACAAGACAAAUCCACAACCCCAACCUCUCCUUCCUUAGCUCCGUAUCUUUAUUCGACUUCUCACCUGCCUAGAACAAGUAAAUCUUCUGACAUAGUGAGCCCAGAAGACUUCCAAAGCACAUCUGCAGAUGAUAUGGAGAAAAAUGAAUAUGAAGAUCCAGAUUUGGAUGACAGAACCUCAAACAAGCAGUCAGUUAGAGAAAGGAGACGACCGAAGGAAAGACGAAGAGGCACAGGAAUCUCUUUCUUCACAAAGGAUGAUGAGGAAAUGGAUGGCACUGAAGACAUAAAAGAGGACAAGCAUGAAAGACUGGCCAGGUUGGAUGCAGCAAGCUCAAGCACUGGCACCAGCGAUAGCUAUGGAGAUCGCUCCUCAGGUCGUAGCAGCGCCUACACCAGAAGAGAGAAUCGUUUGGCUGCCCUUAGAGCAGAAGAGGAUAGUAGCAAGGAUUACAGAAAACUCUAUGAGAGUGCCCUGUCUGAAAAUCAAAAAUUGAAAUCAAAACUGCAAGAUGCCCAGGUGGAACUUGUUGAUAUCAAAGCAAAGAUGGAUAAGAUAGCGCAGCAGAAGCAGGAAAAGACCUCUGACCGUUCAAGUAUGCUUGAAAUGGAAAAGAGGGAGAAACGAGCCCUGGAGCGGAAGCUCUCUGAAAUGGAGGAGGAGAUGAAGGUUUUGACAGAGCUGAAGUCAGACAAUCAGCGACUGAAAGAUGAAAAUGGAGCACUCAUUCGGGUCAUCAGUAAACUCUCCAAGUAGUAUGUUGACCCAGGGACAGACGUAAAGAUGACAUUUCUGUGCACAAGCUGCCACCUGCUUCUGAUCUUCCUGUUGAAAGAACUGCUGGCAUUUCAGAUAUGGAUCAGCUGACCACACAUACUUCUUGCACUUGGCUGGGCAUUCCCAUAUUGCACAGUGCUUAUCCUCUCCUAUACGCCAAGACAUGACAUAUCCCACACACAGUCACACACUCUUUCUCUCUCUUUAUUAUUUUUAGAAUGUUGAUGUUAUUCAUUCAGAAAGACAAACACUGGAUUGGCACUCUAUGAGAUGCCUGAAGAAUCUUCUGUAUGCUCCAUGCCCGUCCAUGAUAACCUGAGAUAAAGAAGCAACUACUGUAAUAAAGAAACGACCCAACACGUCUUAAGAUACUGCCUUGGAGUAGGAAUAGAGUGGAACUGAGAAUUGUCAUUGAGGAUUACUCAAUGUCUCUUCUGGAAUUUGGGAAACUGCAAUCUGAAUGCCAUAAGAACUUAUUUCUCUGGGAGUCUGACAACAUUUUUUCAGCUUUGGAGAGUCAUGUUUUUCACAUGUCUCAAUCGCUGACAAAUUUAUUUAAUGUAAUAUUUUAAGUUUAAUUGAAUAGUGAAGACCUAUAAAUGGUUCUUCCUUUGGUUUUGCUUCACCUUUGUGGCCCUCAACUUGCUUCCUGCUGUUGCCUUCCAUGGUUGCCUUCUCUGGUACUAUUGAAUAAUGGUGUGGUCUUAUAACCCCUGCAUUCUGUGGCUAAUACUUUGUCCCAUUUGUUCAAGAUUUGUAGCAGAACCAGUGAACCAGAGAACUUUACUUACUCAGUUUCCAGUUGUAUGACGUACCCUUGCACAAGACGCCAGUGUACCUUUUUUUAAAUAGCAAAAUGCUCAUUUUUAUGUGAAGUAAUUAUGUUGCAUGAAAAGCUCUACAAAAUACCUGGGCAAAUGAAGUGAUGAUUAUUAUCAUUUUUAAUGGGUGCAAAAGCAACUGAAGAUGUACAUCUUCUCCUUUGUUAAAGAAGAAGAUUGAUGAAUAGAGGUGCUCAUCCCUUGAGGGAAAUGACCCUCAGUUUGCAUGGAAGGUCUGGAUAAAAAAUACCAUGUAAUGUUUGAGAAUCUUAAUAUAGUGAUGAUUUUCACAGUUAUAAAACACAAAUGAGCCUGCUUUUAAUAAGGACAUUAUCUACAAGAUAUAAAUAGUUUAAAAACAUGUUUUGUUUGUCCUGGAAAUAUUCAGAUUCUCAGAAUAUAGCUGCUUCAGACACUCUGCUCUUCUGACUUCUGCGAAAAACUACAUUUCACUUGCAAAUCCUAUUUUUUAAAAUUCCUGCCAAUAAUGUGACCCUAUACCAGUAGGGUUGUUCUGUUUUCUUACUUGUUUCUUUUUCUCUUAAAGCAUGAUAUCAAUUUCAUAUAGUUCUGACCUAGAUUUAGGCAAUUAUCAUGUCUGGUUAGAAAGGAACCUUUGUUAUCUGAAUACAGUCACUCAUUAUUAGGUAAAUAGCAGCAAUACAGGCUUUUCUGUCAAUAUUUCUCAACAUUUGAUCAUCAUCUUCUUUUAGAUUUUCCAUAUUUGUACAUAGGUUCCUCUCAUUUUCCACCAGCUAAGAAUAGAAUCCUAUUAAGACUGAGAUAUCAGUUCCUCUGGACUAAGCUGCUUUGUAAAGACAGAGAUUUCAGAUUCUAUUAUUAUGAACAGGUUUGAGCUUGCUUCUCUUUGAAUAGAAAGAAAAUAUACCCUGAGUUAUAAGCAGUACUUGCUUUUUGGUUUGUUUGGUCUGACAUUUUGUCAUAUUUCGAACAGCAUCAGAAUGGAUCAAUUAUCUGUUAAAAAUCCAUAUACUUUACUGAUACUACAUCUGGUAUUCUUUUAUUGCUCAGUUGAUUUCAUAUCUGUAUGUAGCUGGGAUUGGUGGUGAUUUGGUUUUCCUGCUCUAUAUAUUUAAACAAUCUGCAACUCCUGCAUGCACUGAUCUUUCUGCAAGUGAUACCUUUCAGCUCUAGGGCAUAGUAGGUUGCCAAUCCUGCUGCUUUUGCAUGAGCAAGGAAUUCUCUAUGGAUCCUUUUCAGACCCUACCAUGAAAGGUCAAUUAACUGAAAAGAUGAAAACGGCAUCUAGUGCUUGUAAUUUAUUCUACUGUGAUUCCUGCAUUCCAUUAUUGCCACCACUUACCAAGAUGUAAUAGAUUCAGUGACUCUCAAGUUCUAAUGUACAUAACCUUAAAAUUGAAAUCUGUGAUAUUUGAUACAGCAGGAUGAGUAGUGCCAUAUUGAAGUCAAGACUUUUACAGUUAGAAUGUCAUACAUAUUCUUGAUUUUUUCUUGGGUUGAAAACUUGGUGAAUAAAUCAAUUCCUUUGACUUGAUUUACAAGCCUAAACAUUGCUUGUAACAGCCUACCAAAAAUAGAGAAUCCGAUCAUGCUUAUGACAAAUGCUGGUAGUCAUAUGUCAUUCAGUUUAAUGUCUGAGGUCGCAUUUUGAUACAAUUUUCAUUAUUUUAACUAUUUGCUUUGGUUAAUUUAAUAGAAAGCCAAAGCUUCUCCAGAUCAAUUAUUAGGAGUUUUGGAGAUCCGCACUGAAGUGAAUGAAGGUAUGGACAAACGAGGAAAUAUCUAACUAGUUUCCAUUUUGGAACAAAAGAAUAUAUCUUUAAUCAUGCUGUGAAAUUAGUUGUAGGUUCUGGAUUAUUUGGAAGCUGAUUUGGACAAAAUAGGCAGCUAUGGCUUUCUGGGUUAAUCAUGGUUCAAACAAAAGGAUUGUGAAUGUGUGUGCAAAGGCCCAUUCGUAUCUUAGCCUGUGGUUUUAAUAGUGGAAUAAACUUUACUGAAGAAUUCAGGACAAAGUACUCAUGCUGAAUCUGUUUUUAAUAAAAUAAAAUAAAAAUACAACUACUGAAUAAUGUUUCUUUCCUGAUGUAUUAUACUACUAUGUUUUAAUGCACACAUGGGUUUUAUAUAAUGUUAUUGUGCAGUCUGCUGGAACAUUCUCUGCAUAAAAUGAAUAUUAUGUAAGAAAGACGUUGGAAGUUUUAGUCUGCAAUAAGAGAGCUUUCAGCCAUGUGGAUACUGGAGGUUUUUCUGUAUAAUCGAAAGUGGACCCUUCUCCUGACUACUGUCUUACUUUUGCAGGUAAUGUACAUUUCAAGAUGUAUCUGCAUAUCAAAGAUCUUAAAGACUUCUGUCACAUCUAUGUAGAUUUUUUUCAAUGCAGUUUGAUUUAAAAGGUAUAGCUUCAAGUAAGGUGGAAACAGGAGUUGGUUUUACUACUUACAGUUGAUAAAGCUUGAAGUUUUAAUGGGACCAUUGUUGGUCAAAUGAAAGUUUUAGAUGAAGUAGAGACAUUCAAAAUGGGCUGACUUCAGGGAAGCAAAUGCAAAUACGAAAGAAAUCUUGAGAGCUAAAAUUUGUUUGAUAGGAUUUUUUACUGUGUACCUUAAAGUUUGGUGACAUUUGGUGACUUUUAGGCAAUCAUGUCACAAGAUUUUCUUGUCAAGAUGUGUUCAGAGGACUUUGCCUUUCUCUAAGACUUAGAAAGUUUGACAUGUCUAAGGUUCCCAGUGGAUUUCCAUGCCUGAGCAGAUAUUUGAUUGCUAUGUUUUAGUAAUAUAAAAGAGCCAGUAGUAUGAAAGAACUCUUAAGAAUGGUUUAAAAAAGCACCUCAAAUUGGAGAAACAAACGUAAUGCACUUACUUCCAAAUUCACAGUUGAAUUUGGAAGUAAGCCUCAUAUUCUCACAGUGCAACAUCUGGCUGUAAGACUAGCCAUGCUACUAUUUGCCAGUAAACCAUAUAUAUGUUAAAGGAUACUAUAGCACCUUUGAGACUGAGUAAAGCAACUUCAAGGGGAAAUAAAAAAAAACAGAGUUGGGAUAUAUCCAGAUUGAACAGGGUCAGUGGUUUUAUGGCACACUGCAGGUAUUAGAAUACUCAUUAAUACUCAUGGGGAUCUUACUCAUUUUAUCACAGUUCCUUUCUGGUUCCUUGCCAGCAGCAUGCUAUAUUGCAAGGACCCCACCGCCCCUCCCUCACACACACACACACACACCAUUGUUAUAAGUAUCUAUACAUCUUGGCUUAAGGCAGCAUUUUUCCUUCCACCUCUGUCCUUUAAUAAUCAUCAACAUUGUUAAAACUUAACGUGCCACGCCAUCAUCAUAUCCACAGGCUUUGUAUGUCUAUUAUUGUUCACACAUGCAACAUGCACUUUCAUGGGUCUAAAUGUUAUUUUCUAGGCAUUUCACUCCAUUUAUGAAAACAUAUGUUCAAAACUUCUUUUAGUCUCAGAAGUGCUACAGGAUCCCUUUCCAUACCAAUUCAAGGUAACAUGGCUGUGUCUUAAUUGUAUCAUAUGUAAUCCUUGCCCUUAUUUGAAUACACAGAGACUAACAUUUGCUUUUCAUUAGGGAAGGGCAAAUUCUUGACUGAACUAAUGGAAUGAUAAUGGUCAAGGUAAAAUAAAUAUUCCAAUAUUCCUUAAUAUGUGAGUGUAUAUGAUAGGUAAGCCAGCAUAAUGUAGUGGGUUGAAGGCUGGGCUAUGGAGACUAGAGUUUGAAUCCCCACUCAGCUAUCGAAACUCACUAAGUGUCCUUAGGCAAGUCACACUCUGUCAGGGAUACAAAAGCAAAGCUCUCUGAUCAAGUCUUGCCAAGAAACCACUGUGAUAGGUUCACAUUGGAAAAAAUUCUAAGGCACACAACAUGUGAUAGAGUAGAGAUCUCAUCCAAUAAGAGUCUAAUAUAUUCCUUUAUCCACAUACUUGCUGCAUUAGAGCCUGAAAAUUUCUGAAAAAUUGAUUUGAUCAUGCAGCUCAGUAACAUACCUUAUCAGGACACACACACACAUCCACCAAAAUUAGUUCUUUGUGAAAAGAACCAAUGUGCUUUAGAAGAACUUUCGUAGUUCCAGUACAGAUUCAUAAGCAGGUCCUUCUAAGUUGUUUGAGUGUUUAUUAGUAACUGAAAGGAAUUUUGUUUUGGUAGGACUUUGUGCAAAUAAAAUAGAUUGCAGGCGCCCCCCUCCCCCUUUGUCCCUGAUGUUUGUGGUUUGCACUCACACUGUUGCAGCUUUUUAUACUCUUGGUGUUUAUGAUCACACUUUUCUUGUUCACACAUGUUCUUGACUUUCCACACACCACCUAAUGCACUACCAUAUUAGCUCCUGGUGCUCUGGGCAACAUCUCAAUUUGAAGUCCGGCAUUCUAGAUGCAUGUUUCCUUCCAGGGGCAUUUUUAGGUUGGUUUCAAACUUGCUAAAUCUCCAGGGUGUUUUCCUUGAAUGAUUUGUGUUUGAAUUCACAUUCACCUUCACAUUUGAAAUCUUUGUGUGGUUCUGCUAAAGGCAGCAUAUUCCUAGGAGGGUUUUUACCAAGAUAACUCCUUAGACACUCACAGGUGAGGUCAACCCAUCUCCCAAGAGAUUCCCGUCUCCUCUGAUGUUCUCUCUUUUCUGGGACAAAUUGUACCCUUGCUGAAUGCAAUUUAUAGUGUGUUGGCGCUAAAACCACUGAAGUAACAGCAAGGCCGAGCCAUUGUCAUAAGAUCUGUUGUGCUUCUUCUCACUCCAUUUUAGUUCAUGCUGUUAUGGUAUCUGUUAACAAGUCCUCUGCAAAUGGUAACUCUUGGAAAAGAAAGGUGUUCAGCUGUUGGCUUGCUAAUUUCCAUUUGCAAGUGUUCUGUUCCUGCCUGUUUUAAGGAGAGGUUUACCUAUCUUUGUAAAUAUGCUACUUGGAGAAAAGACAAGCCUGUGAGUGAUGGAAAAGAAUGUAUUUUUAUGCAACUUUUGAGUGGCCUUUCAAAUUGAGAUGAAUGAUUUUGUUUUCCUGAUUGUUAUAUAGUAUUCUAAGUAUAUGUUUGAAAAUUUGAGAAUAAUAUUCACAUCUAUGAUGCUUGUAAACACAAACAGUAUUUAUAAAUGAAUAAAGUAAGUGCUUUAA